UAAGCCUUAGUCCGCGAUAUGCGCUCGUCGUACGAUUUCGGCUGUCUCCAAGAAGAUUUCCAGCACAAAUUUCGUAAAAAAUAAUACGGACUGGCAAUAUAUAGAAUGCGAUAAUUGUGUUCCUCUUCCCUAGAGUAUCCGAUACUCUCGCAGAUAUUUUUAAUAAAAUAACUGAGAAGUUCAAAGAGAGUAGAAACGCUCACGUGACUUUGCGAGCAGGGUCAUGGCUGUGAAAGAAUGGUUCAGGAGGCUACAGCCGGUGCAACUGUAUCUGGUGCUAUUCUUUACCACGGCUUUCUUCUUGGUCGAGAUCGUCGCAAGUCAUAUUACGCACUCGCUUACUCUGCUCCUUAACGCUUACCAUAUCCUCUGCAACAUCGUGGCACUUGUUGGCUGUAUCGCUUCAAUCAAGUACAGUUAUCGAGAAAGAUAUAACAGCAAUCGCAGUUCAUUAGGAAACUCGUCCAUCUGCAUUAAUGGUGAAGAACAAGGUUCUAUUACGUCUUUAUCGACGAAAACAAAGGAAUCACGUUCAGAUAGAAGGAUGAAAAACACGUUUGGGUGGGCUCGAAUCGACAUUGUUACGAUGCUCGUCUGCUGCGUCUUCCUCGCAUCUUUUUGUUUCUCUUUGUUGAUGGAAGCGCUGCAGACAUUGGUGCACAUCGACCACCUGGAUGAGAUGCAUCACCCAUUGCCAGUCUUUUGCAUCGGUGUUUCCGGCAUACUUUUAAACGCUUUCUGCUACAUCCUGAUUGGAGGAUACACAUUCAAUCAGGGCAUCUUUUUGCACAUUACGGAAAGCGGUGACGUAAUAUUACGCAGAAAUGUAGGUUCACAAGAAACAAAAGAUGGCGAGCAACAAUUGUCAGCACAGACAAGACGUAGUCCACUAGCAAUACCAAAAAGCGAAGGUUUAAUGGAAAUGUGUCGAGAUGUUCUUGGAUGCGUUUUCGUCAUAUUAGUGUCAAUUUUAGUGUAUUUCACCGAUUCCGACGUGGCCAAGUACAUUGACCCAGUCUUCGCUAUUAUUUCGUCAAUUUCGCUAUUUGUUUUAUGCUAUCCCUACAUGAAAGAAUCAGGCCUGAUAUUGUUGCAAACAAUUCCAAAUCACAUCAAUAUCGAUUCUCUCAAAAGAGAUUUAUCGGAAGCUUUUCCGGGUAUUGUCAAUGUCCACGAUUUGCAUGUCUGGCAACUUGCAAAGCAUCAAGCUAUUUGUACAGUCCAUAUUGUGUUUCUGAAUCCAAUGGUUUACGCUAGUAUCACAGAUCAAGUUUCUGCUUUCUUCGUUGAAAUGGGCAUUACGCAGGUCACUAUACAGCCAGAGUUUUGCAAGAUGAAGCCAAAUACGGAGAAGACUGAUUGCCUAAUUCGUUGUCAUGGAGAACAUUGCAGUUCUCACCAAUGCUGCUCGCGAGAAAACUUCUUGGAUGACACGUACGAGUCGACGAAAGAUGUGCACACCAUUAGCAAGAAAUAUGACAAAAAAGAGAUAAUAUCAACUGUGGGUGCGAUUAGUUUAGAAAAGUUUUCUGCUUAUGAGGAGGAAACUCAGAAACAAAUUGUGAAUGAUCCAAGAACAGAAAAAUCUGCGCAUAAUCUGACAAACGAAAAUGCAUGUCACUCCAAUGAUAAGCAAACGCUAAGAAUUGAAAAUGUUAAUCCUGAAAUCAGUUCCUGUGUGAUAAGUGAUCAAACAUCUACAAGUGUUAAUACCGACCGAAUAUCUGCAAUUGCCGAUAGCAACCUGAACCAUGGUGACAUGUCUUAAGUUUCUACUUACUGUUCAGAUAGACAAUAGUUUUAUUUAAUACUUUUACCUGGCAUUGUCUUACUUGAAAGAGACUAUACGUGAUAUUUACACAAGACACACAUAGACGUGAUUUUUAUGUCAUGUUUUAUAUUUGACAAAGAAAAUUGUAGAAAUUGUAAAAAUUUUCGAUUUCUCUUGUUAUUAUUACAGUAAUUAAAUUAGUCAUAUUGUGUGCAAUGUUGAAAAAUCAAAGACUGUAAUCUUUUUUUAAAGAGAAAUCUUAUUUGCUCGUUUUUUAAUAAUAAUAACAAUAUCGGAAGAUUAAUAUAGUUUAUCUCCAAAAGUACUAAUAAAAUUCAAACACUUGGAAGACGUUGCAAUUUAUCUUUUGCAACAUGAAAUUUCUUUGUUAAUGAUAUUAGAAAAAGAAAAAUUUACUUGAUAAUAUGUUGUUUAAACAAACAAUGGUAAGCAUGAGCAAUGAUAUGUAAGGAUGUUUAACCCCAGAAGACUGCAAACUACUCAUAUUAUUAUUAUCUCUGUGCUUAUAUGUAUACAUAAUUCACUGUAAUAAAUAGUUUAGUAAUAGUUUUGCAGAUAUUUGGGCAAUACAAUGUGUUAGUUAUUAGAGCAACACAGUACUGAUUUUAUUAAUCGUACAAGAAUUUACGGUCUUUCUAGUGCGAUGACAUGUUCCUUGAAUAAACAAUGUUCAAUUAAUCAAUAUUA